AUGGACAAAUUAACUGUUGAUGAAGAGCAUAAAUUUCAAAAUGCUAGAUUAUGUGAAUGCUGCUUCAAAUCAUUUAAAAACGAUAAUUUAUUUAAAAGUCUAGUUUCACUAGCUGAUAAUUUAUCUGAAGACAAAACUAGAUAUAGAGAAACAUUAAAAAUAUUUUCUUUGUCGACAUUAAAUUUAGUUACACGAAAAGAUGAAGAUAUUAGUGAUGAAGAUUAUGCGCAUGCUCAUAAGGUUUGGAAAAAAUUUAAUAUAAAAACAUUAGGAGAAUAUAGUGACUUAUACUUAGCAACAGAUGUAUGUUUACUUUCUGAUGUUUUUGAAAAUUUUAGAGAUCUUUGUUUACAAACACUUAAACUCGAUGGUUCACAUUUUAUGACCGCUCCAGGAUUUGCAUUCGAUUGUAUGUUAAAACAUACUAAUGUUAAAUUAGAACGGCUUAAACAGUAUGAUAUUCAAAUUUUUCUGGAGAACGGAUUACGUGGUGGAAUUUGUCAUUCAGUUAAAAGACAUGUAAAAGCUAAUAUUCCUAAUAUUCAAAAUAUUAAUUAUGAUUCAAACAAACCUGUAAUGUGGUUAGCUUACUUGGACUGUGUAAAUCUAUAUGGAAAAUCAAUGCUAUCUGCUUUACCUCAUAAAAAUUUUGAAUGGUUUAACGAUUUGACAAUAGAUAUAACACAAAUUGAAGAUGAUGCUGAAUAUGGUUAUAUUUUAGAAGUAGAUGUUAUUUAUCCAAAACAAUUACAUGACAAUCAUAAUGAUUUCCCAUUUUUACCUGAGAAUAAAUGUCCUCCCAAUUCAAAAGUAAAAAAACUAUUAACAACAUUAGAAUCGAAAUUGAAUUAUGUAGUUCACUAUAGAAAUUUGAAACAGGCCAUCGUUAAUGGAUUAAAAGUGAAAAAAGUUCAUAGGAUUCUGCGUUUUUCACAAUCUCGUUGGAUGGCACCAUAUAUAAAUUUAUGUACAAAUAUGAGGGUUAAGUCAAGGAAUGAGUUUGAACGACAAUUCUGGAAACUGUUAGUGAAUAGUGUCUAUGGAAAAUGUAUGGAAAAUGUAAGAAAACGUAUGUCAAUGUUUCUAGUAUCUAACGAAAAAAAAGCACAUCGAUUAAUGUCGAAAACAACAUUUAAAGAUCGAACUAUAUACACAAAAAAUUUAAUGGCUAUUCAUAUGAAUAAGGAAAAAAUUAAAUUUGAUAAGCCUAUAUAUGUAGGAUUUGCAAUAUUGGAUAUUUCAAAGUCGAUAAUUGAUCGUAGAAAAAAUCAACCAGGUUAUUUUAAAGACGAAUUAAAAUCUGAAAUCUUAUUAGAAUUUAUUACUUUACGUCCUAAACUCUAUGCAUAUAAAACAAAUAAAGAUGAAGUAAAAAGAGCUAAGGGUGUUAAAAAAUAUGUUAUUAAUAAUCACAUGAAGUUUGACGAAUAUUUAAAUAUAUUAAAUGCAUAUAUCAAUAAUUCAGCUAGUCAACAAUAA